UUUUCCCGUCAGUGCAGAAACGGUCUCACUUUCGAAUAGUUUUGCGUCGUGAGCAGCGGAAAAUUAAAUAAAAAUAAAGCAAAAAAUCAAGAUGAAGCGAAAUCGUCGUCCAUCCGCAGCCAACACCAAGCCAUUUGUCUCGGGCGGCAUUUACAAUCCCAAUGCCACCGCCAAGCCUUUGAUCCAACAGCCGUUGCAGAUCGUCAAUGUCCAGGAGCAGCAGGCUCUUCCGGUGGCUGAAUUUCAGGCACCGGCUGCCCCGGUGGCUGUUCAGCCGCCACAGGCCCCAUUAGUGGCUGUUCAGUCGCCACCGGCUCCUGUCCCCGUUCAAGUGGGGACCCCGGCCGCCCAGCAGAGGAAUCCGGAUGCGGACGCCAUCGUCCACAAGCUGCCCUUGCCAAUCAUCGUCAAGGAGGAGCCGAUGUCUGUAGACGAGGGAGAGCCCAUCGACAUCGUAGAGGAUCUCAAUGCCAGCGGCACCGGGGGCAAGAUCCCAUUUAAAAAAAUCUUCCAAAAGCGCAAGAAGUCGUCUGAACGCACUCGGGAUAAGAAGCUGCGACAGAACCGCCAACUGCGCAAGUCCAUGCUGCCCAAGAACGCUUUGAUGGCCCUUAACGAGGUGAAGGGCGUGACCAUCAGCGAUUUCACCAUCGACAGCAAUCCCGACGGCGGGUUCACUGCCGUUGUCACUGUGAACACCAAUCAGUACGAGGGAAAGGGUCUCUCAAAGAUGACAGCCAAGAACGCGGCCUGCGAGAAGGCUUGGCGAGACUUUAUAAUUGCAAAGAUGACCCCCAAGCCGCCCCGUGUUCAGCACAGUGAAGUCGACGGGGAUACAAACGAGGAUGAGGCCGAUGCACCGGAGGAUGAUCUGCCCAUGUUGAAUCUGGCCUCGUUUGCAAUCUACAAGCUGUUCGCAGAGUGGGAGCGUGAGGGCUAUGUCGUGCCCGAAAUGCAUCCUUCGGCCAAUGCUGCUCAACAGGCCGGAGGAGAUGCCGGAACUCCAGUUCCCGCAUUGCCGAAGGAGCCAAAGAAGCCGCCAGUGCGCACCGAGCUGCCCUCUGGCUGGGAGACCAUGCACCCGGCCACCAUUCUCUGCAUUAUGCGUCCGGGACUCAACUACGUGGACUACGGGUCAUCUGGCGACAAGCCCAACGUCAUGCAGCAUCUGGGAAUCACGGUGGACAACCAGGAGUUCCAAGCCAACGGAAGAUCCAAGAAGAUCGCCCGUCGCAACGUGGCCGUGGAAGUGUGCAACUCUCUGUUCGGCACCAACUUCACCUACAGCGACACAGCUUAAGACACCAACUGUAGUACACACACACACACGAAUGCCUCUCUUAACGGCCAGCAAUCCGAAGAUUGUGACCCUGACGUCAAAUGCGCAACUUUGUUAAGAAUUCCUUCUCUGUGAAGAUGAAGAGGCAUAUUAAACAAUAGGUAUUUUCCAUUUUA